AUGUCGUCUGCGAACCUUGUUCACCCUCACCCCGACCUUCCUCUCUGCGUAUGCCCGCCGCCAAAUGACUACUUCGCCCGUAUUGGGGCAUUUGCUGAGCGGCUGGUGGCCGCGAUGACCCCCCAACAAGGGAAGCUUAUUUGGACGCUCGUGUUCAUUUACCUGGCCGUCUUGAUGGCGAGACGCAUCGACCAUCUUGUGGAGAGGCUGCUUGCCCGCCGCUUCCUUCUUCCACCCCCAACCCGGACCUAG